UCUUCGGUUGCUUAGCAACGCUCCCUAACUACAACACGGGUGGUUGGAUUAAUGUCUAGCGUUAGUAUUCCGUCGACACUGGUUUAACGUUAAAUGUAGUUGUCAAAGAAACUAAUAAGUGGCAUCUUUGCCUUAACACCACAUUUAACGUACGGACGUGUUGCUUUUCUAACGGUUAAAAAAAUUUGCGUUGUUGUUGACGCCUGCACAGUUCAAAUGGGUAACGUUAGCGCUAACAUUGGCGUUCAAACCGUCUGUCGUAUAGUUAGCGUUAAUUAACUUUAGUUUUACGGUUACGUUAGCUAGCUAGCUAACGUUAGCAAACAGACACAACUCGUUAUUUAGCUUCAACGUAUUCGCUAACGUUAGCUUUCUUCUGACAUGGACCAGGAUAUUCGCCAGUAUCUCACCAAGGCAAAGGAACAACAAGACUCUGGAGCUCUGCAGUCAGCCUACCAAUUAAUUAAGGACAGUAUUGCAGUAGCUGGAACCAGUGGACGAACUCCAUGCAUUGCCCCAGAGUUGUACGUUGUUUGUGCGGAAGCAGCUCUUCAGCUGGGUUGCUUGGAGAUAAGCACAGCGUGUCUAAAGAUGUACUUUGAAGGGAAUCCGCCGGCUAAUCAAUUUUUGUGUCGAGCCUACCUCUGCCAGGGCCAGCUGAAGUCUCCACCGGCAACUGGGAGUGUGGAAGACUUUGAAGAGGCUGUGCUUUAUUUUCUUAAAGCAAUUGAAAUUUCAAAGCGUGAACCAAGAUACCACUUCAUAGUGUUCAAUGCCUCAGUGCUGUACUUCCAGACAGUGUGUCUUCUUCUGCUGCCAGGCCGAUGCCUCCACCUUGUCCCCUCCCUCAGGCAGGUGGUUCAAAGUCUGGAGGAUGUGGCAGACCAGGACCACAGCUGGAGGGCUGAACUCAUGGCAUCUUUAAAAAGUUUUGGGGGACUCUGGAAAAAAGGACGGGGCUGCAAUUUGUCCCAAAAGUUACAGAAGAUUUUAAAUCGGCACAUCCCCCCAUUUUUUACCAAGGGGGACCCCCUUUACAAUAGGGAAAAACAAAAUUUUUCUUUGUGA